GUGUUUUGCAGUUGGUUUUAGUUGAUGAUUUUAUAUAGUCAUAAGUUUGGAUAAUAAACAGAGGUUUUAAAGAAAUUCCUAAAAUGAUUAAAUUUGAACGACCAGCAACUCUCGAACAUCCGAAAAUCCAUCACAAAUUUAAAGCUUUUGAUGCCGACAGUUCAGUUAAAGCAAAUUUCAUAAUUCAAGAUCUUCCGACUGAACGUUAUGAUGAUGCGGUGAAGUUUAUGUUGGAAUAUUUUGUAGCUGAGGAGCCGGCAUUUAAAUCUAGAGACAUUAAGCUUGACAAAUUAGCAGUCAUUGAGAUUUCGAGAAUUUUCAGGCAUAAUUUGGCUCAAAAUGUAUCGAUUGUGUGUUUUAAGGAAGGAAAUGAUGAAAUUAUAGCUGUGAAUGUUUUGGGUGUGAAAGUUAAUAACGAAGAUGAAGAUGAGGGAUAUGAAGAUGAAGAUAAGAGAAUCACAUCGAAAGAUCUCCAAGACAUCAUUAGCUUGCAUAAUCUACUCGAAAAACAGUUCAAUGCUUACAAAACAUUCGAUACUGAUUCUUAUUUAAGUGACUUUGGCUUAGCCGUUCAUCCCGACUAUAGACGAAGAAGAAUAGGGACGGAAAUGUUAAAAACAAGAACAAAAUUGCUAAAAGAUUUGGAACUUAAAGCUACAAUUUCACAUUUUAUAGGAAUUGCAUCACAGCAUCUUGCAAUAAAGGCCAAUUAUGACGAAAGUUAUGAAAUGUCCUACGACAACCUUUACCGAAUAAAUACAAACUUCUACUUUUCUGGUGUGGAUGGAUUAAGUGUUAAAAUUAUGAGUUUAAAUUUGUCGCCAUAGAAAUCUUUUGUGCAUCAAAGUUUUAUGAAAAGUCUUUAAAGUGUUAAUAAAAUGUCUAAUCUUUACAUAAUUAGGAGGGGAGGUCAACUUUAUGGUAAAUGAUUUUUGA